UCUGGCUGCUGAGGGGCGGAAGGAGGGGGAGCCUGAGGAGGGGUGUGGCGGCGUCGGCUGUAGAGAAGGAGGAGGAGGUGGUAGCGGCGGCAGCAGCAACAGCGACGGUGCCGGCCGGGUCAGGAAAAUGGCUGCGGCUGCGGCUGCUGUUCCUGUGAACCUGCGGCUCGGAGACCUGGUGUGGGGGAAGCUGGGCCGAUAUCCUCCUUGGCCAGGAAAGAUUGUUAAUCCGCCUAAGGACCUGAAGAAGCCUCGUGGGAAGAAGUGCUUCUUUGUGAAGUUUUUUGGGACUGAAGAUCAUCUUCCCGUGCUUGAGGAGCUGGAGCCCAAACUGCAUCAACCACGUACAAGAGAGAGUGCUUGGAUUAAAGUGGAGCAGCUGAAGCCUUAUCAUGCCCACAAAGAGGAAAUGAUCAAAAUUAACAAAGGCAAGAGGUUCCAGCAAGCUGUGGAUGCUGUGGAAGAGUUCCUCAAAAAAGGCAAAGGCAAGGACCAGGCUUCUCAUAACUCCACCGAAGAGAAGAAUCGGCGGAAUUCGAGUGAAGAGAGGGGCAAGCAGUCAGUGGGAGAAGAGAAACACAAAGCCAAUUUGUCUGAAGGGAAGCCGAAGAAGAGGGUGUCUUCCGUUUCUUCAGAGCGAGGCUCAAAAUCCCCUCUGAAGAGAACGUAUGAGCAAAGCCCCCGGAAGCGAGGGCGCCCCCCUAAAGAUGAGAAGGAUCUGACAAUCCCUGAAUCGAGCACAGUGAAGAGAAUGAUGACUGGCACCAUGGCUGGCUUUAAAUGGCCACCGAGUGUAAGCGAGCCUGUGAAAGAUGGCGACCCUCAUUUCCAUCACUUCCUGCUUAGCCAGACAGAGAAGCCGGCUGUUUGCUACCAAGCCAUCACAAAGAAGCUGAAGGUGUGUGAAGAGGAAACAGGGUCCACGUCUAUCCAGGCAGCCGACAGCACGGCUAUCAAUGGCAGCAUCACUCCCACAGACAAGAAGAUAGGGUUCCUUGGCCUUGGCCUGAUGGGGAGUGGCAUCGUGUCCAACUUACUAAAAAUGGGUCACACUGUCACGGUCUGGAACCGGACUGCUGAAAAGUGUGAUUUGUUCAUCCAGGAGGGGGCAAGGUUGGGAAGAACCCCCGCUGAAGUGGUCUCCACCUGUGACAUCACUUUCGCCUGCGUAUCUGAUCCAAAGGCAGCCAAGGAUCUGGUGCUUGGUCCUAGUGGAGUGCUCCAGGGUAUACGUCCAGGAAAGUGCUACGUGGACAUGUCCACCGUUGAUGCAGACACUGUUACAGAACUGGCUCAGGUGAUCGUAUCCAGGGGUGGUCGCUUCCUGGAGGCACCAGUUUCAGGGAACCAACAACUCUCUAAUGAUGGCAUGCUGGUGAUACUAGCCGCCGGUGACAGGGGCUUAUAUGAAGACUGCAGUAGUUGUUUCCAAGCAAUGGGGAAAACCUCUUUUUUUCUAGGGGAAGUGGGCAAUGCUGCCAAGAUGAUGCUCAUUGUGAACAUGGUCCAAGGAAGCUUCAUGGCCACAAUAGCAGAAGGACUAACUCUGGCUCAAGUGACUGGUCAGUCGCAGCAGACUCUUCUGGAUAUCCUCAACCAGGGACAGCUCGCCAGCAUCUUCUUGGACCAGAAGUGCCAAAACAUCCUGCAAGGAAAUUUUAAACCAGAUUUCUACCUGAAAUACAUCCAGAAGGAUCUCAGAUUAGCCAUUGCACUAGGCGAUUCUGUUAACCACCCAACUCCCAUGGCAGCUGCAGCCAAUGAGGUCUACAAACGAGCAAAAGCAUUGGACCAAUCUGACAAUGACAUGUCUGCUGUGUACAGGGCCUACAUCCACUAGGCUACCCCAUUCUUGUUAAUACCAUGAUUAUUAAUUAUGAUGAUGAUGAAUACUGGGUUUUAACUCUGGACCAGUCCAUCUCUGUCUCUCUGUCUCUCUCUCUUUUUCUUCCCCCCACCUCUCCUCAAUUGUUUUUCCUUUUUUAAAAUACAAAAACUCUCCUGGGAUCUGCCACAAGGGCAGAUUCUACAGCAAGCCUUCCUGUGCCAGCAGCAGCAAGAGUAGGAGGGAAAGGGCUUGGAUCAUUGCCUUCUUGACAACAAACACCACAUGCUCAGAGUCACAGAAUGGAAUUGGCUGCAGGUCAUCUCAGAAACCCUGAGGUGACUCUUGCCAGGAAGUCUGCUGGUUGGCUUCUUCUGGUGUUCACUUUUGUACCAGUGUCCUCAAGAGGUUGUUUGUUUGUUUUUAACUGCUGUUUCACUUAUUUGCUGUGGGUAAUGUGUUCAUUGUCCUCUCUUAUGCACUAGGGACAAUUGAAAGAAGGCUGUCUCAUCUGCCUGUGAACCUGGGUGGCUCAAUCUCAGGCCCUCUAGAUGCUGAUGCACUACAGCUUCCACAAGCAAGAUCAGUGGCCCAGUCAUGAUGGGAGUUGUCGUUCAGCAACAUCUGGAGGGCCAGAGAUUUCCCACACCUGGUCUAGCCCCUGGGAACCUGGCUCCUCUUUUUUUCCCUAGGAGGGAAGCAGUCACAAUCAAGAAGGCGACAGGGCUAAAAUUAGCAUUGUCGUUUCGGAUAUUCCCCACCUCAGUAUCUCAGUGGAAUUAGUUACGAGAACCAAAACAGGCUCCAUCCAUGGCCCUUCCCAUUCAGACAGCUUAGUUUUUAGUGUACACAGGAUCCAGCAUAUGCCUGUGGCACUUGGAUAUGCCAAAUGCAUUUAGAACAGCCUUUGGCUUUCCAAGCAUUGUUGAACUCCAAAUCCCAGGCACUCUUGGAACAAAGGGAUUUUUGUCCCCCAGCAUCUGGAGGGCACAGAUUCCCCAUUGUUGAUUUUAAAAAGACUCCAGUUCCCAAAAGGUUAAUCCAGUCUUGAAUAUUGCUGUAAAACCCUAUUGCUUUUUAUAAUUCAGAAAAUGAACUGGUAUGUGUUUUAAUGAGCAAAGGUAGAAACUUUGGUGUCUUCCUUUGGUUUUAUGUCCUGAGAGCAUGCACAGUGUGCACGCACCUGAUCUUCUGUGGCUGUUAGUGUUGGCAAAGAUUAUUAGGAUUCUUCUCAUGUUGCCAGAGAGCCAUAGGGCAAGGUAAGAGAAAGUGGCUUUAGGAAGACCCAAAAUCUAAACCCAGAAUCUUGACUUCCAUGUUUCCCUUUCUGCAAAAGUGGAGGAGAUAUGCCUAUUUGUUGGCAAGAACUUUAAUACAGCCUAAUAAACUCUGCUUGCAUGAAUGGCAGUGACAACAAGCUUUGAAUUGAUAUGCUGUCAUCUGUUGGUGAAGUUGUGAGCGCUCCAGCCGAUUGACCAAGUACCCAUACUUUGGAAAUAACCUAGUAAAGGGAAGUGGGGAAUGGCUUCUGCUGUUGAGGCCAUUUACCAUGCUGGGUCUCACUGGAAGUCAAGUAGGGUCCCAGAGAAUUCAAAUAAAUCUAUUUGAAUCAACCAGAGCUGCCAUUGAGGAAGGGUGAGCUUUUGAGCCCAACAGAACUUGACCACUUGCUUCCAUGU